ACGCAGAAGUGUCAGGUAAUGGGUAUAGAGUGAACCGUCAAAAUGUUAUUGGUUAGCUAAAAACAUUAUAAUAAUGUAAAGUGGAUCGAUGUGUAAAAUCUUUUGUGGAGUAAACUAAAAAGAUUAACAACCACCAAACUUAUAACCUCUCUCUUUUUUUCCGAUAAAUAUAUAUAUAAGCAGCCCCACCAUCGUCUUCUUCACUGCCUCUCUUCUCUCUGCUCUCUCUCUUUCUUGUUAGUUCACUCCACAUAAUAAACACCAACGAUUUCAUUCUUUUCUCCACAGUUUCGAAGUUUCUUCAAUUGGGUUUGUUUCUUGAUUGGUUUCUUGAAUUGGGUUUUAGUCUUCUUUUUUUACUAUUUUUGGAUAUGAUGAUGGGUCAAGAUGAGGUUGGGAGUGAUCAGACGCAAAUCAUAAAAGGGAAGCGUACGAAGCGACAGAGAUCGUCUUCGACGUUUGUGGUGACGGCGGCGAUGACAGUGACCUCAACAAGUUCAUCAGCCGGUGGAAGCGGUGGAGGAAGAGCGGUUUCUGAUGAAUACAACUCGGCGGUUUCGUCUCCGGUGACUACUGAUUGUACGCAAGAAGAAGAAGACAUGGCGAUUUGUCUCAUCAUGUUGGCUCGUGGGACGGUUCUUCCAUCGCCGGAUCUCAAGAACUCGAGAAAAACUCAUCAGAAGAUUUCGUCGGAGAAUUCUAGUUUCUAUGUGUACGAGUGUAAAACAUGUAACCGGACGUUUUCGUCGUUCCAAGCACUUGGUGGACACAGAGCAAGCCACAAGAAGCCAAGGACGUCGACUGAGGAAAAGACUAGAUUACCCCUGAUGCAACCCAAGUCUAGUUUGUCAGAAGAAGGGCAAAACAGUCAUUUCAAAGUUUCCGGCUCAGCCCUAGCUUCACAGGCAAGUAACAUCAUCAACAAGGCCAAUAAAGUACACGAGUGUUCCAUCUGCGGUUCUGAGUUCACUUCCGGUCAAGCGCUUGGUGGUCACAUGAGGCGGCACAGGACAGCCACCACCGCGGAAGUUAGCAGAAACAGUACAGAGGAAGAGAUUGAGAUAAAUAUAGGCCGUUCGAUAGAACAGCAGAGGAAAUAUCUACCGUUGGAUCUUAAUCUACCAGCACCAGAAGAUGAUCUAAGAGAGUCAAAGUUUCAAGGGAUAGUAUUCUCAGCAACACCAGCGUUAAUAGACUGUCAUUACUAGUUGUUUUUUUUUUACUACAUAAUAUGAUGAAUAUUUGUGAAUUCUUCUUACUUACUACUAUAUUGUUGAUCACUGGAAUUAUUUUUUAAAAAAUUGAAUCAAAUAUUAUCAUUUAAAAAAAAA